AUGAACUUUCAAAAUGUGAAUUCCUUAAAUGUUCGGUUAAAUUUGCUCUCGGGCAAUCUUUUACCGAUGAUCAACCGCGACUCAUCCUUUUCAUCCUUUUGGAAAAUAUAUAGCAUUUUUGUGUGGAUAUUAGAGUUCAUUUUGAUAAUCGCAAUGAUACCUGGGUGCAUCUACGUGUCAAUGGAGAAAGCUCUUAAGGAUGGCCUUCUCACCAUUGUAAUCUUCAUAGAAAUACUCUUUGCGGUUCUACGAAUUUGCAUUCGUAAAAAUUUGGCAUACAAAUUAAUCCGAAAGUUGAAUGAAAUACUGCAUAUUGCUGAUGAAGCUAUGAAGAACGUUGUAAUAGCGACUUUAAAACCGAUAAAGAUUCCACUCAAUUUUUACUUGUUUUCUGGCGUGGUGGCGAUAAUAGGAUGGAGCUCUAUGCAUUUUGUAUUAAUAUUCGAGAAGAAUCUGUUUUGUUAUGAGGAUUACAGAAUGCCUGCUGCUUUCUCCAAACAGCCAUUCUCGUUCAGAAUCUUUUUACUAGGAGAUCUAUUCAUACUGAUCUGCAUGAUAUAUAUGUUUGUUAAAAAAGUCAGUGUGGAGGUAUACAUGAUGCAUUUAGUCUUGAUGGUAACAGCGCAGUAUCGAUAUAUAGCGAUGAAAAUCGCGAUGGUACUUCAGGAAAAAAAUGAAGAAAAAUUUCGAACAGGACAUUCUCCUGAGCGUUAUUGGAAAAAAGAAAAAGAAAUUAAAGCACUAUGUCAACAUCAUAAUGAUGUGAUAUACUUAACUUUAUUGCUAAAGGAACUGCUGUCUUUAAACUUUAGUUUAAUGUAUGUAAUGAGUGUCUUUCGAUUCUGCUUUAUUGGAAUCAUGUUUAGCAGCGUUACAUCCACAACGUUCGGGGAAGCAAUUUCGAUUGCCAUGUACACAUCAGGUGCUUCAGUGCAACUUUAUAUCUUGUGCUCCUGUGUGCAACAAUUAUUAGAUGCGUACAACAAAUAUGUGCAGGACAAAGAGAUCUUCGAAUCUCUCUAUAGCCAAUUCUUUUAUAGUCAAUCAACUUUAUGCUUGAAAAAUUUGUCGUACGAUAAAAACACAAAUAAA